GUGUUGCAAAACGCCGUAACUCGUUUUACCGAUUUCACACGUGUUUUAGUGAACGCACGUUUAGUUUUCAUUUCUUCGCGAAAUUCUCACAGCUAAAAUGGCCGAAGUUGCUGAAACCCUGAGUGUGGAAAGCCAAGAGGAGGUGGCACAGCCCGCCGAGGAGCAGGUGCUGGAGGCGAAGAACGGCGACGCCAAGGAAGAGCCGGCUCCCGCAGCAGAGGAAUCUGCUGGCGACUUCUCUAAACAGGAGCGCGCCAUAGUCCGCCAGGUAGAGUACUACUUUGGUGAUGCCAAUCUGAAUAGGGACAAAUUUCUGCGCGAGCAGAUAGGCAAGAACGAGGACGGCUGGGUGCCUCUGUCGGUGCUCGUUACCUUUAAGAGAUUGGCCUCCCUGUCCACGGACUUAACCGAGAUCGUGGCUGCCCUGAAUAAAUCCGAGGAGGGCCUCGUGGAGAUUAGCGAAGACAAACUCAGCCUGCGUCGCCAUCCGGAGCGUCCCAUUCCGGAGCACAACGAAGAGCGGCGCAAGGAGAUCCAGGAACGGACAGCCUACGCCAAAGGCUUCCCAUUAGAUUCGCAGAUGAGCGAACUGCUCGACUUUGCAGCCAACUACGAGAAAGUGGUCAACCUGACCAUGCGCAAGCAUUACGAUAAGCCCACCAAGUCGUACAAGUUCAAGGGCAGCAUCUUCCUUACCUUCGAGACCAAAGAGCAGGCAAAGGCUUUCCUCGAACAGGAGAAGAUCGCUUAUAAGGAGCGCGAACUGCUGCGCAAAUGGCAGGUGGACUAUCUUAAAGAGAAGCAGGAGGAAUACGCCCAAAAGAACGAGAAGCGCAAAAACAAAAAGGAGGCCAAGCCUGAGCCGGCCUUCGAGUUGCCAAAGAACGCCAUUGUUGUCUUCGAGGGUGCUCCGGAGACCUCAAGUCGCGAGGAGAUCCGCGAAGCCUUUGAGAAGAUCAAGGACUUUGAGGUGGCCUACAUUGAGUUCGCCAAGGGCGAAACAAAGGGCUCUGUGCGGCUGACCGAGGCCGAUGCGGCCGAAAAGUACAUCGCCAAGGUGGAGGAAGGCAAGCUCAAAUUUAACGAAGAGGUCUCUCUGUCUCUGCGAAAGGCCACCGAGGAGGAGGAGAAGGAGUUCAUCGACAAGGCCAUCGAGUUCAUGAAGAAGCGACGCGAUUUCACCAGGAACAAGGGCAAGCGCUUCAACCGUAAGCGCCACGGCGGAAACGACCACAAACAUGGUGGUGGUAAGAAGGCGCGUGGGGAUUAACUCAUCCAUCUAUAUUCCGCCACCCGAGUCUUUUGAUGGCAGUAGACCAAGCUUAAUUGUUACUCGGUAGAUCUAGUUGACCUAGCUUUAAGGCCUUACAUAUAAACCCCAUGCUUUUUUUUACCUUGCGAAAUAAUCGUAAGAGGUACGGAAUAUUCUUCAAAAAUGUAUGUAUAGUCUGUUACAUAAAUAACGAGAUGGACUCUAAUUUAUUUUACAUAGAAGACUACGAAUCCAUUUGUUUCCCUCAGCAGAAAGCUACAAAUAAAAACCAAUGUGAAAAACCCGAA